GGUGGAACGAUACCGCCAGACAGUGCGCAAAAAGACGCGUUAUUCUCUCGCACCUUAUAGUUAGAGUCGUGUCUGAAUGUCUUUUAUUAUUAAUAUGCCGUCCACAGCCUCUCUGAUUCACAGACUCGAUCAUGACUGUUGUGAGGACUCUUGACGUCAGAGGGGAGAAUCAUCGGUGAGGUCCAAUGGGGGGAAUAUCAAGCGAGGCAGAGCUAUCGUCCUACCAACAGUAUUAGCCAUGCUAACCGACAAGCACCUUGCCUUUCCAGAGUACUUUACCCGCCAAAGAUGACGAUCCAACUCAACUACGCGGAACGAAGAUAGAGACGAGGGAUUGGGCAUUUAGUUGUUCUUUUAUGUUGUUUUUCUCGGUCCUCCAUCUCUCCUCUCAUCUCCAUCUCCUCUCGUAUGACACACGGACCGCGCUCGAGCUUGGGGGAGAAAUAGGCAUUGCAGCUUCAUGGCACUAAGCUAUGAUUCACUCUCUUGCAGCAGCAAUGAGCAACCAACUUCAAAACACCUCUUCCCUCUCCACGGCGGGCACGUGGAAUCUCCUGGAUGUGCGGAACUCAUCGCCGGUGCUAACGGCUGAGCUGCGGCCGAUUCCUGUUAGCCCGUGGGACAUUGCGCUGUGCGUGACGGGCACGCUCAUCUCCUGCGAGAAUGCAAUUGUGAUCGCCAUCCUCUUUUACACGCCCACGCUGAGAGCUCCCAUGUUCAUUCUGAUAGGGAGUCUUGCAUUUGCGGACCUGCUCGCUGGACUUGGCCUCAUUCUCAACUUUGUCUUCAUCUAUAUGCUGGACACCGAGUUUGUGACUCUGAUCUCCGUCGGCCUGCUGAUCGCCGCCUUCUCUGCAUCAGUGCUCAACAUCUUGGCCAUCACGGUGGAUCGCUAUUUGUCCCUCUACAAUGCCCUGACCUACCACUCGGAACGCAUGGUGACGUUCACCUAUGUCAUGGUGGUUCUCAUUUGGCUGGUGUGCAUCAUCCUGGGCCUUCUGCCAGUGCUCGGCUGGAACUGCCUACGAGAUGAGGCCAGCUGCAGUAUUUGUCGGCCAGUCACCAAAAACAAUGCCGUGGUGCUCGCUGUGACGUUCCUGCUGGUGUUUGCCCUCAUGAUGCAGCUCUACCUGCAGAUCUGUAAGAUUGCCUUCCGCCACGCGCAGCAAAUCGCUGUCCAGCACCAGUUUAUGGCCAUUUCUACCACAAAAGGCGUUUCCACACUCUCGGUCAUUCUCUGCACCUUUGCCGCAUGCUGGAUGCCCUUUGCCAUGUAUUCAAUUGUGGCGGACUCCAGCUACCCAAUGAUCUACACGUAUGCAACGGUGCUGCCAGCCACAUGCAAUUCGGUCAUAAACCCAAUCAUUUACGCUUACAGAAAUCCGGACAUCCAGAAAUCCCUCUGGCUCGCCUGCUGCGGUUGCGUGCCAUCCAACUUCUCCUUGCGUCCAAGGACAUCAAGCGAUGUAUAGGUCGGACUAAGAAUGAGUUACAUCUAUUUCACAUAAUCAGUUUGUACUGUGUCUGUGUUAAUGAUAUGAUGUCCUUCCUUGCUGAGAUCCCAGUCAAAUGUUGCUGGUUGUGCAAUAGGUGUUGUGGUUACGUAAGUCCAUGAUGUCAACCUGAACUGUAUGAUUGGAUGUCUUCAAUGCAUGGUACAACUCAGUGAGAUCAAAUUGCAUCAAAAAUACCUAAUCUGAGUGAGAUAACAACUGGAGAUAAAUCAAAUUGAUAUCAAAUAUAUCAAUACAUUAUAUAUAAAAUCACCAUUAACAGUGGAAAUGGUUAGAAGACCAAGCCUGAUUUGUGUAAAGAAAGAUGUAAACGGUGGAUACGUUUCAUGUUACACGGAGCACUUUCAGGACCAUGGACAGCAGCAGACACAGUGAGCUUUAUUCCCCCUUUUAAAUGGAAAAACAACCCAGAGAAAACACAGUCCCACAAUUGAAAAUUGUAACGCUUCCAGUGUCAAUCCCUUUACGUCCAACUUUACCAAAUUAUUGCUAAUUUUAUGUGUGACGUUAAAGAAAACGCUGCCAUGAAGUAGUGUAGCACAUAUUUUUGGUCUUUGGAAUUCACAUCCCACACGCAAUUUGUGUGCUCUGGCACACGUCUUGGUGCGCGACGGCUGGGUUAAUGAAGUUUUGUGCAUGAAAUGAGAUGUCAGCCAAGACGCUUUAAAUUCGACCUCAGGCGACGUCUUUCAAGGCAACUGUAAUUGCGUUUUUUUGCAAAAGGCCACCUUGGGCAGAAAGACUUAAAUGAAAGGUCUGGGUCUGUACAGUGAAAUGAUCCCAGCGAUUAUCAGAUAUAAUUGAGUGUGUUGACUGUACAAUUAGUCAGUUAGACCAGAGAUCAAUGUUAGGGGUUGGCUUGUGUUUAAAGAGAUAUACAGAAAAGAUCAAAUAACUAAACCAACAUGGGACAAGGACAUAGUUUCACUAAAGACUAAAAUUAAGCGUUGAAUGAAAUUAAGACAGCAAAAUGACCUUUAAAUGGCACAUUAACAGAAACACACAAUUGAAUCUGGCAUAUCUGAUGCUUUUUAAGCUGUAUAACCAAAAAAAGCAUAAAGAACUCAAAGAUAAAUGUGAAAUAUAAAGCCUUGCUUUUUUUGAAUAGGGGAUAUGAAUGUCGCAGCUGUUUUUUGACAACCCCUCAUUUGCGAGCAGAGGAUCUUCAUUUUGGCCUUACCUUCUCUCUUCUGCAAUAAUGAAUCAAAAUGUACCGUUCAUUGAUAGAGCUACAAUCACAAUGAGGCCAUCAACAGAGCUAAUUCUACUUCCUGACUUGAACAGACUGAGAAUAGGUUAGCGAGACCAGGGUGUUUCUUUUUAAAGCUUAUUAAAUCAACUGUACUGUUUUAUAAAAUAUACCUUCACAUUGUAGUACAAGUUGAUGUUGAGAGCCCACCCAGGCGCCCUCUGACUAACCUCAAUACUCUUAGUGACCUGUACGAAAUCUGAUGAACUUUUAAGCAGUUACUUCCACAGUCUGGACACUGUGGAAAAAAUCUCAAUUUUUGUUCUGUGUGAUUGUGCGUGUGAUUCUGAAAGUGAAAGAGAGCAUGAACCAUUUGUUUAUACACCACUCAUUUAUGUCAGGAGUGGGGUUCAGUGACCUGUCACACUGUGCCCACUUUUAAAAAAAUAACCUACCCCACCUAACACACAAAACGUGGCAAAUAUCAACUGUUUUCUGCAAAUCUAAUCUUAUGUAAUGUAUCUCUACUACAGUGUACUCAAUGGGAUGCCAUAGAUUCUGUUUGUUAAGGGGUGCAAGCGGUUAUUUUUCUUAUGCAAUGCUGUAUGGAAACAUAUAUUUUUAUACACAUCAGGGCAUGAGUUUUUUUGAUGUUGUUUCGGUGUGUAUGUAUAUGUGUGUGUGUGUGUUCCGUAUCUGUAUUCUUAUCGAUGGUUUCCUAAAAAAGCAAAAGCAAAAGAACAAAAACAUACAAAACAAAAAAGUGUUGACAAGGCAGAAAGUGCCAUAAUUUCACUAACUAGUGUCUUAUUGAUUUUCAUGCAUUCAUCACCGGUGAUAUCAUCACUUUUCUGUGUCAACAGUAACAUUCAUUUGAAAAUCUUGCGGUGGUCAAAGCACAGUUUGAGAUGGUUAUCUAAGACAGAUACAGUUUGUUUUGUGACAACUAGUUUUAAGUGGAGUCUGUAAGGGAGAACUUAAAAUCAGACCCAGAGAACCAGGUGGUACACCAAGGGAACGCCUGUGUUCAUCCCAUACUCUGGUAUUUUCUUGGACAUUGCUGACCAAUUUGGUUACCGAGAACACUGCAGUCCUCUCUUUAAGAUUCUGUUGGAUUGGGCCAGCCCUUUCUUGCCCCAGACCACAGACAGAUGGUCCACCCUCAGCCUCAUGCUCAAAAGUGACCUAUCUAAUUACUAACACCACAGAUAUCAUCAUAGAAUUAAAGAACUCCAGACAUCCAGCCAUCAUCAGGAAAAAGUUACACAUAUCUUCAGACAGGAGUGGAUAAAAUGUAAAAUGAGUGCACUCAUCCUGAGCUACUGCGGCUGAAUUCUUUAGUUACAAGAAAAAAGAAUCUGGAGUGAGAAUGACAAAAAGCCCAGCAUACCCUAUUGUGACGUCUCUGCUGUCGUACAUAAACAGAGGGAGGUUGUCUGAAUGACAGCUCCUAACCGCACAAGAGUUCUUUUACCACUAAAUCUGGCCCUGCUAAAAAUAACCUUGAAGAGCAUGAAAUGUUACAUUUAUCUAGGCUACUUGAAAUCCCUUUUCUGGGCCAUUAAGCAGAGCUCUGUGUUUCCCAUCAACAGCUACAUUAGUGCGAAGGAGACUUUCCAGAAUGAGGGAGAGAGACUAAAAAAGAGAGAGAGAGAGAAAGAGAGAGAGAUUAAGCCUUUGGAAGAGCCUCUGGGUUUAUGUAACCACUGCAUCCAAAUGCAGUCCAUUAUCAAAAUCUGUGUACGUUAAGUCUCGCUAUAAUCUAAAAUCACUCAAAAAUCCAUCUAUAGAGCUAAGGAAUGUACAUGUAUAGGCAAACUGUCAGCACAAUGUGUCGAUUGUAACUGGACAAAUGUGUGGCCCUUAUGGUCAGAGAUGUGGAUGGGUGCUCUUAAACUGUGUAAGUGUUUAUCAUUUAUUUAUCUUGCGUUGUUUCUCUUUGUAUUGUGAAUUCAAAUCUGACAAGCACUUUAUGAAGGGAACAUGCUACACGUUGCAAUGUAAGUGUGGAAUGUAAUCCUUCCAAAAAUGAUUUAUUUUUUAUUACUGUAAAUAUAACAAUACAGAGACAAAGAGAGAGCGAGGGAAAAACAACAAGAGUCGAAUACUUUGUCAAAUAAAAUUCGGCAAAAUCAAGUUUGGUUGGU